AGUGGGUGGGGCAGAGGAGACUGUUUAAAUAGGUAGAGAUGGAAAGUGUUCCCCAUAUCACUAAAACAGUGAGCCUUUCGAACAGGAGCACACACAGAUGGAAGAAUUGAGAAUCCAAUAUGUCAACCUGGAACUUCAGGGCAACCAUGAGAGCCACUAUACCCAGGGGUUCAGCUCUAAAACCCUGGUGGUGCGGAGAGGAGCACCCUUCAAAAUCACCCUGCUCCUGAAGGGACGAGCCUUCAACCCACACACCGACACCCUGAUGUUCAGAAUCCUCCUAGGUCGGCUGUACGCAGAGUUCCCCGUCACCUUCUCCAAGCAGGGAUCCCCCUCCCGAUGGAGUGCCUACUUCAACCCCAAAGGCCUGAACCCCAACUCUCCCUCUCUGUACAUAUCCAGCCCUGCCUCUUCCUCCAUAGGGCGCUACAGUGUUCAGCUCCACGUGCUCACACAGCAUGGUCAGAAGGGCUACGUGGUGGGAGACUUCGUUCUCCUUUGCAACCCCUGGUGCAGCGAGGACGCAGUGUACAUUCCCUUUGAAGACCAGAGAGAGGAAUAUGUAAAUAAUGACUCUGGUUUAUUGUACAUGGGGACCCCUAAAAACCUUGAAUCAAGACCUUGGUCGUUCGAUCAGUACGAGCCAGAGAUUUUGGAUAUUUGUCUGAAGCUGCUCCAGGUCAGCCCGCAGCACGGCAGGAACUUGCAGAAGGACUACCUAGGCCACUCCGAUCCUAUCUACCUCAGUAGGGUGGUGUCUGCCAUGAUCAACUGCGAGGACGACCGAGGAGUCCUGAGAGGGAACUGGUUGGGCGAUUUCAAGAACGGGGUGAACCCCUCCAAGUGGACAGGAAGUGCGGAUAUUUUGAGACAGUGGGCCAAGUCCAAGUUCAGCCCAGUGAUGUACGGCCAGUGCUGGGUGUUUGCUGCUGUGAUGUGCACAGUCAUGAGAGCUCUUGGUAUUCCAUCCCGUGUCAUCACCAACUUCAACUCAGCCCAUGACACCAACGGCAACCUGGUCAUCGAGGAGUUUUACUCUGAGACGGGCAAGAAACUACCUCACAGUAAAGACAGCAUAUGGAAUUUCCAUGUAUGGGUGGAGUGUUGGAUGACCCGGCCAGACCUGGGUGCAGGAUUUGACGGAUGGCAGGUUUUGGAUCCAACCCCGCAGGAGAGGAGCGGAGGAAUCUUCUGCUGUGGCCCAGCCCCAGUGAAGGCUAUCAGAGACCGGCGUGUGGACCUGGUCUACGACAUCCCCUUUGUGUAUGCUGAGGUGAAUGCUGACGUCCACACGGUCAUUGUGAAGCGGGGCCAGGUGCUGAGUUCCAGCAUAGACACAGAGAGAGUUGGUUCCCUCAUCGUCACCCAGACCAUAGGCUCACCAAGGCCCCAGAACAUCACAGGGAACUACAAACCCACCAAAGCAGCCAUGUCCUUACACAGAUCAAAGUGUGCAACAUUUUCAGGAGAAUCAACACAUAAGCGAGGGUCAACCCGGGGCCUCUCAGUGUCUCUGAGCCUCCUUAAAGUGCCUGUGGCUGGGGAAAACAUAACCUUCACAGUCAUGGUCACCAACACGGACAGCAUCCCCAAGGUGCUGAGGGAGCAUGUCAACGCUCAGACCAAGAAGUACAACCGUAGUCCCUCGGGCACCUUCUGGGAGGUCCACAACUUCGUCCGGAUAGCGCCGCAUGAAGCUAAGGUCAUUCAUCACCUGAUCGACCAUGCCCAGUAUGAGUCUCUGAUGGGAGAUGACUUGGUCAACCUGGCUGUGGUCAUGGAGGACGAGUUCACUCAGGAGAGAGUCUUGGCCUCAGAGGAGUUCAACAUCACCAGCCCUCAACUCUCCAUACAGAUUGCAGAUGAAGACUCCGUCAUGCUACACAAGGAGCACACUGCCCUCGUAGUCUUCUGCAACACCUUCUCUGUACCUGUGAGCGGCCUACUAACCGUGACUGGCUCUGGUUUGAUCGAGGGGGGAAUGCACUCAAGGAUUCAACUGUUCAAGCCAGGGUGCACUAUGGAGAGGAGCUUCAGUUUCAUUCCGAGAAUGGUGGGGAAAAAAAUGUUGCAGGCUACUCUAGUCCUCAAAAACAACUCUGCAAAAAUUGUAGGCUACAGAAUGAUCUCUGUGAAGUCAGCUUAGUCAUUUUGCAAUGAUUCAGGUGGUGCUAAUAAAUAUAAUUUUAUUUAAGGUAGGAAUUUCAUGUACAACUUAAGUAUUAUAUAUAUUAUUUAUAUUUAUGUAUUUUUUAACUAAAACAUGUAUUUCUUUUGUUCUCAUAAUAACUUUCUUUGUUGUUUGAUGUUUAUGAUAUAGAUUUUUUUAUUUAUUUAUUUUAAUGUAUGAUUGGUAAUCACUACUUGAAUAGUCACUUAUGACUUUACAUAAAAUUAGGUUUAAUUAGUCAAUUGACAUUGGCCUGUGAACAAGUUAAGGUUUCUGGAGUUUGUUUCAUUUAGUUUGUUUUCAGUUUGUUUCAAGUCUAUUGAAUUUAGUUUUUAUCAAAUGAAACCACUUUUUAUACAAAUCUGUAUACAAAUCAGAUAAAUGAAUUCUGAGUGACAAAGCUUA